GAUCUGGGCGUCCUUGGUGCGGUUUUGAAAUGCAAGUGGGUGUCGACAGGUCGCAGUCCAGACUUCGGGGGAUAAUGUUGACAGUUACAGUGAUAUGAACAAAGUGUUUGAUAAGAUUCGCCGUGAGAUGCAUGUCAGGGAAAAGUUGAAGCACGAGACCAUCCUUGCCCUCUAUGGAAUGACUGAAGGUUUUGGCAUUCUCCCAUCCCUUGUAUACUCAUGGAUGGCAGGCGGUUCGCUGCACGACUACGUGAAACAAGAGCACUCUUAUCUACCUGCGCGUCGGAAGCUGGAUAUCCUACUGGAUGUGGCGUAUGGUAUCGAAUAUCGUCAGUGUCUCCCAUAACUGGUCAUGCAUGGAACUCACGUGCAUCCUUAGUACACAAGUGGGACGUUGCGCAUGGCAAUUUAACGGGUGUAUGCUUCGAUUACUUACGUUACGCAAAGA